AUGGCUGAAACCUUCUGUUGCUCCUCUAGUGAUGCUCAGAAGUCCUUAUCGUUGUGCGAUAAAGGAUCAGUGAACCAAUUGAAUGAUGCCGGUGAAAGAGAACUUGAAACCAUAACACAGUCACCUGUAGUAAAUGUUCAAGCCAACAGUGAGCCAGUGGAGAAUCCGGAGACUCCAUUUGCAAAGAGCUCAUCUAUUUGGGAAAAAAUUGAAUCUCUGGGAGUUUUUCACUUUAUGCCACAAAAGCUACAUUUUCAUCCGUUGGUUAAAUGUAAAGAGGUAUGUCGAGAAGGAUUUGCUGUAGGUUACAUGGUGAGCUUUGCUUCUUUGGUAGACAAGACAUCCAAGUUGCAAAUUGAUGAUCCUAGUGAUGUUAUCCACAGCUACUUGGAUACUCUUGCUGAAUUGGAAAUGCUUGGAUUUGGUGUCAAAGGCCAUAGCGAAUCGGCUUAAUAAAUUACUGGCAAUCAAAGAUCAACUGGACAGCUUCAGGAGCAGUCUAAAGGAAAUCAGACUCAGGUUACAAAGUGCAGUAAUGAAAAAACCAAGUUGAAACAAGAGAUCAAUGCAAUUGAUGAGAAGACAAGGGUAUUAAAAAAGAAACAGGCGCAGAACAUGUCAAUAAAAGACACCAAAGAAUCUGAGAUUGCCUCCUUGGAAUUGAAUGUCAAAGGCAUUGCCGAAGACAUUUCAAAAACUGAAUAAGAAUUCAAAGGCCUAGGACAGCUUCUGCAUCUUGGUAACUCUAGCUGGCACUCAAGCUUUCUUCUGAAAGUAGGUGGCUAUAUGGUUCCAUGCAUUUUUGUUUUGUUAAGUAGUCAAAUUGACAAGUUAUGUUAUUAAGGUACAGUAUACCUUUUUAUAAUUAAUAUGUUUGGUAGAUUAAAAAAUUAUUAAAGAUUAGAAUUAUUAAUUUAUUGAAUCUAUAAUGAAUAAAAAUUAUCAAUUAAUGUGA